UUGCUCGUGGGUGUUUGGGAGGACCGGGCGGUUCUGGCUCGACUCAAACAAAAGCUGCAGACAGAAGACGGACGACUGAUUCUCCGAAUCGAGCAGGAGGAGUGGAAGUCUUUGCCAGACUGUCUGGUCCAGCUCAGUCAGGUCCAGGAGUGGCAGAUCCACCGGACUGGACUGCAGAAGAUCCCUCACUUCAUUUCCAGCUUCCAGAGUCUUCUGGUUCUUGAUCUGUCCCGUAAUGGGAUCACAGAGAUCCCCAAACAAAUCGGGAAGCUGAUCCGACUUCGAGAGCUGCUGCUGAGCUACAACAGAAUUCACUUUGUACCCGAAGAGCUGAGCUUCUGUGAAAAUCUGGAGAAACUGGAACUUUCCAUGAACCGGGAUGUGGAUCAUCUGCCAGACCAGUUCAGGAACCUGAAGAAGCUGCAGCACCUGGACCUGUCCAUGAACCUCUUCACCUCCAUCCCAGACUGUGUCAUUGGACUGCCGGCGCUCGAGUGGCUCGAUAUGGGUGGAAACCAACUGCAGUACUUACCUGAAGACAUACACAGGAUGGAGAAGCUGCACACGAUGUGGCUCCAGAGGAACGAGAUCGAGAAACUCCCAGAAAACAUCAGUAGAAUGUCCAGUCUGGACACGCUGGUCCUCAGCAGCAACAGACUGAGAGACAUCCCCCCUCUGAUGGAUGACAUGUCCAACCUCAGGUUUGUGAACUUCAGGGACAACCCUCUGACUCUGGACGUGAUCCUGCCAUGCAGGAAGAUGAAGGCUGAGGAUGAUGAAGACGAUGAUGAAGAUGACAGAGAGAUGUUUGGACGAGAGUUCAUGAAGAUUUACAUCCAGGAGGCCAGGAAGAGGUCGUACGCUGUGCUCAACAUGCACCGCAUCAACCAUGAUUCUUCAGACUCGAUGUGUCGCUGAGCUUCUUCUGCUUCAGCUUUUUAAAUAAAAACAGCGUUUUAAUGUCACGAUGAGAGCUGAAAGACUCAACUCUGCUGACACUUCACAAUGGUAAUGUACUCUCACCUUCUCCUGCUGUGAUCCUGUGAUGUGUGUAUCAACACGUAUAAACAGGAAACUGAAAAUUCUUUAACAGAAACUUUAUUAAACAUUAAACUCAGUCUCAUGAUUUCACAAAAACAUGUAAGUCUCAUUUCUCAAAAAAGUUUCGAGGUAACAUUUUAAAAUGUCUUGAUCCUUAUUUUAUGUGACUGAAAAUUAAAAACUGGAAAUCAAACUCAAUCCCUGAAUUGGACCUCAGGACAGAGGACGUAGGGAGGGCACGGCGGUCAGUAAAACGUUCUCCAGGGUCACCUGAGCGUCUGUGUAUCGACUCAGUUUGCUGUUGAAUCCUUUAGUUGUGAGGAAGUGAACUCUACCGCUGUCGAUAAGAAGUUUACAGAGUCGACCGACCUGCUCUCGUUCAGCUGCCGACAAAAACCUGCAGACACACAGAAUCGUUCAUGACCUGGUCCGAGUUCAAGUUUCAGAGUUUAAGGUGGAUCAGCAGCCACACGUCAAGUUAUCAUUAAAUGUUAUUAUCUGUUCCUGCCCUCUAGCGCCCCCCUCAGGACAAACGUUUCACAUCCUGUUCAUAGACUCUUUACACCAACACGAACCAAGUAGCUAGUUCUGCGCCGCAGGCUAAAGAGCUACAUCAUCCCUCAUCACUGUAUGAACAUAACGUUGUCCGUUCUUCUGUCUGUGUGACUUUAAUCC